CGUUCAAACUUACAUUUCAUUUCUAGACUCGCAUCUCCCUCGCUCACCAUUUCUUUAUUUCAUUCCAUAAAAUUCUAAAUCUAUAGCAUCUAUCACUACUACUACUCACAUACUCAGAUUUGCUAAAUAUUUUCUAGCUUAUAAUCAUGGAAAAUAAAAACUUCAAAACCUGUUUUCCUUUCGUAGUGUCUCUCCUCAUCCUCAUCGCCGUAGUCUCGCCGCUGCCUGCUGCCGCCUACACUAACCACACUGUCGGCGCCGCCGCCGGUUGGUUCUUUAAUGCGGACACUGCCACUCCUGCUGCUAAAUACUCGGACUGGGCAGCUACUCAGACAUUCAAUCUCGGUGAUUACCUCAUAUUCAAGACGAGUACAAACCAAAGUGUGAUCCAAACUUAUAACGAAACUACCUACAAAAACUGUAGUAUCGACUACUCAGAAGACGAUGACACCUUCUCAUUUACAAGUGGCAACAGCGAGUUCAACCAAUCACUCACCAUAGCUAUCCCAUUAACCAUUAACGGUACAAACUAUUACUUCUCUGAUUCAGAUGAUGGUGUACAAUGCCAACAAGGCAUGGCGUUCGAGAUUGAUGUAAAAUAUGGCAGCGGACUUCCACCAAGCCUCAACCAGCCUCCGCCACCGGCCUAUGUGGAGCCAUCACCACCGUUGCCAGACGUGACCACUCCACCGCCCAGUACCGGUUUCAGGACUAACCUGCCUUGGUUGGUUAGUGUUAUUACAUUAUGUGGAAUGGUAGUGUUAUAGAAUGAGUAUUAGAACCAAAGUGUAUUGUACACUAGAAGACAUCAUUUGGAAAAGUAAUUAUGCGAGUAGUAAGGGUCGUUUUGGGGAUUUAGAUACAAAAAUUAGUUGUCAAGCAUGUGUCGGCAGAAGGGAGUGUGGGACUUAGCUGUACUGUUUGGCUUUAGAUUAUACUACUGCUGCUACUUUUCUUGAAUUAAAUUGUUGCAUUAAUUACACA